UAAUUGAACAUUUUCCAUAAGAUCUUUAGCAGGAGAGUAACUUAUGUUGGUGAAAUGAAGCACAUCUUCCUCCUGUCACUCAUCUUUCAUUUUGGCCUGGCCUCUCAACACGGAACUGAACUUUGCAAUCCGCCAUUAACUAGACAAGAUCUUUUCGAUCUGGCCGUGACUUCCGGCGUCAAGGUUUUAGUCCGUCAGGUUGAGUCAUUAUACGGGGAUCAACCUAUCCCUUCGAGUCUGAUGGUGCAUGUAACCACCAUAAUCGCCAAGAAUAUUCUGGCCGGAAAGAGCAUUAGGUUUAUUCUGAAGAUGCUCUUUGUAUCCUGCAAGCUGAACAAACCGCUGCCAAAUGAAAAGAAGCCUCAAUCGCCAGUCGAAACUGCACACAUAUGUUUGGGGCAGUUGGGAAAGGACGAAUGCUACCCAUAUAAAAACACGGAGGAAGGUGACUUCUCUAUAGAGAUUCCAUGAUAUAAGCUUACUUAUUAUAAAAUAUAGAACUAAUAUAAGUACCUUACCGUGA